AUGGCCCAACAAACAGCGACGCCUAAACUUGUGAAACGAGAAAGCGCUGAUUUUAUCGGGUACACGGAAUCUAGUGGCACCUGCUCAUAUUGGGCUUGUGCAUCAUCUGGGGCAACAAAUGAGAUUCCAACUGCUUGCGUAUCGUCAACCAUUUGGUAUCUUGACGAUGACUAUAUGACAUGCCUCAGCGGCAAUGUCGUCAUCCGAAAUAGUGUCAUCUUCAGCGACAGUGACAGCGUCCGCCAAAAUUUCCGGAUCCCCAUCUUCAAAGGUUUGGAUUGUUGGAGCAGUUAUCGGCCCGGUAGUGGGACUCGCAAUUCUCGUCGGAUUAGUGUUCUGGAUCUGGCAUCUCAGAAAAGAGUCGAGCGCAAAUAG